GCGCCAUGGCGGCCAAUGCCACGCUGAAGCCGCUGUGCCCGGUCCUGGAGCAGAUGAGCCGCCUGCAGGGCCACGGCAACUCCAGCGCCCGCUACAUGGACCACGCCGCGGUGCUGCUGCACGGGCUGGCGGCACUGCUGGGUCUGGCAGAGAACGGCCUCAUCCUGCUGGUGGUGGGCUGCCGCAUGCGCCAGACCGUGGUCACCGCCUGGGUGCUGCACCUGGCACUGUCCGACCUGCUGGCUAGCGCCUCCCUGCCCUUCUUCACCUACUUCCUGGCGGCGGGCCACUCGUGGGAGCUGGGCACCGCCUUCUGCAAGGUGCACUCCUCCGUCUUCUUCCUCAACAUGUUCGCCAGCGGCUUCCUGCUCAGCGCCAUCAGCCUGGACCGCUGCGUGCAGGUGCUGCGGCCCGUGUGGGCGCAGAACCACCGCUCGGUGGCCGCGGCGCACAGGAAACGGGUAGAUCGGCGCUUCUCAUUUUUCGGUGCCCACCGGUCACCUGGGGAGCUUGUCAACGUGCGGCCUGAUUCCGGAGGCCGGGCGCGUGCUUCCAACAAGCUCCCAGGCUGCGAGUCGCUGCCACCGGGUCGCAGACCGCACUCGGAACUACACCGGCUAAGGCCAUAA